CGUCAUGGUUGCUCCUUUCAUAUGCAGGCAGUGCCUCACCAGAUUUUCCACCAACACCCAUUUGCGUCGACAUGAGGGAUCCCAUUUUCCACGACAACCACAUCAAUGCUUCUUUUGCGAAACUAGCUUCCACCGAAAGGACACUGCCCGUCGCCAUGCGAAAACAUGUCCGAAAAGACAUGGUCGGCCACUUCCCCGGACCGAGAAGAAAGGAAGACCGCGACAGUCCUGUGAUAAUUGCGCUUACAACAAAGCAUCUUGUAAUAUGAAACAUCCGUGCGGCCACUGCCAAAGCAAGGCCCUGGUAUGUCUCUAUACGCGCGUCCAGCCUCUUUUCCAGGAAUCUCUGCCGGGGGUGCCUCCCCCGGAACAGGAUGUCGGAGCUGCCCAUAGGACGGUAGUGGAGAGCGCCUCUGCGCCGCCUGGGGACGCUGAAGAUACAUUGAUUAAGGCGCGCAUUCCGUUCCUGCUAAAAUAUUACAAUACCCAAAACACGUUCUUGGACAUGUAUCCGGCGCUUGAUUCUGGGCGGGCAAGGACUGUCGAGACUUCUAACUUGGGGAGCCAGGCUGCCAAUAUAGCUCCUGAAAUUGCGGAUUGUUACCCCUUUGAAGAAAACCUGGGGUAUUACUCAUCUGGCUGGCCUAUGAGCAUUGAGCCUGAUAAUCAAGGAAUAACUCAUGCAACUCCUGAUGAACCCAAAGAACCCAAAGACAACAUAUUGGGCGAGACUCUCGCCCAACGCGCGCAAGAAGUGCUUGAAGCUCUAAGGAGCUUUGCCACCUGCAACCCGUCACGAACCCAUCUGGAUAAUGCCAUCGAUCAGAAUCUUUUCUCAGCAGAAAACAUACUUGCAUUUACGCAUCUCUACCUGCAACAUUGCCACCGACAUUGUCCGAUCCUUUACCUCCCAGCAUUGCAGGCUCAAUCUACAACUGUGCCAUUGCUAUUGGUACUUUUUCUAGGCGGCUCGUUACACUCAUAUCCGAGAGAUACUUUCGAUCUAGCCGUGGAUUGUUUUGAUAUUGCCGAGGAAUAUUUGUUCAGCUUGCCAGUAUUUAACCCAGGUCAAAGGAAUUCUCCGUCUUCAGAGUUAGAGGAACACGAGGCACUAAAGGCAGGCGUAAUUCUCUUACACUUGCAAAUCGGGCGCAAUCAACCUGGCAUUCUGCAAAGGGUAAGAUACCAGAGAUUCCCCAUGUUAGUACAUGCCGCGCGGUCCCAAUCCCUUUUUUGUUGUCGGCGCCAUGACGAGUCGCCACGGUCGGCGUGGAAAUCUCGGGACUGCCAGAAGGAGUCAAUGAUCAGGACGGCCGCCUUCAUUCUGCUACUUGACAGCCAGUUUGUGGUAUGUCUACGCUCUCCUCCGAUGAUCACGAUCGCAGAAUCAAAGGCAGAUUUGCCCUGCAACGAGCUCCUGUUUGCCAACUACUAUUCGUCACCAUGCGCCAACACCCCACGGUCACCUUCCGUCCCCGAGGUGAUCGAUCUCCUCAUGAAUGGUGCCUGGGACGGACCCAGCCAUCCCGCCCUCAACAAUCUUGGUAUUUUCGGGCUUUUUACUGUGAUAGCUGGGCUGCACGUGGUAAUAUUCUCGGCCUUUGCAAGCCGGAUGAUGCAAGUACAAUUGCCUUCCCUGGAUCGCGCCUUGUCCAGAUGGAAGCUGCUAUGGGAGAGGCUGAUGUCACGCAUUAGCACCGAAGAGAUGGAGAUGGCCGGCUUCAUGAACCGGGCCAACGAAAUAUGGCUCAUUGCCAAGGUGCUUUUACGCACCGACUCGGACGAAUUCUUCAGCGGGAUUGAAAGUCGGUCG